GGAUAGUUCCAUUCAAGAGAAACUGCAUUUUCCAGGACAUCUACAGUGAAGAAAACAUCUCAGAGCUCACAACCAACAACGGUCGGUCACUGCUUGGCUACGAAGCUCCCAGUUACUCAUUUCCACGAGAGAACAGGCAGACAAAAGGUGACAGAAGAUAACCAUCAUGGCAUCAGCAAGCCUGCAGUUCUUCGCUUUUAUUCUGGCUUUGUUUGGUGUUUUUGGAGAUAUCGCAGCCACCUUGCUACCAAACUGGAAGGUAAAUGCAGACGUUGGCUCAAAUAUCAUAACAGCUAUAACACAGAUGCAAGGACUUUGGAUGGACUGCACAUGGUACAGCACUGGGAUGUUCAGCUGUACCCUGAAAUACUCCAUUCUGUCUCUCCCCGUCUACAUCCAGGCUGCACGGACCACCAUGGUACUGUCGUGUAUCCUAUCAGCCUUUGGGAUCUGCAUCACUACUGUCGGAAUGAAAUGCACAAGGUUGGGAGGGGACACUGACAGCAAAAAUAAUGCUUGCUUUGUUGGAGGAAUCUGCUUCAUUCUUGCAGGAAUCUUUGGAUUAGUACCAACAUGCUGGUACACGAGAGAAAUUAUUUCAAAUUUCCUGGACCAGACCAUUCCAGAGAGUAGUAAACACGAACCGGGAGCAGCAGUUUAUACUGGAUUCAUCUCAGCAGGGUUUCUGCUUAUCGCAGGUGUGAUCUUCUGCUCUUCCUGUUUUAAAAGGCAGCAAGGAGCAUGGAUUUACCCUCCAAAGCAACACCACUUCCCAUCCACAGAGCAGGAGAGCAAUGCAGGUUACAGCCUGAAAGACUAUGUAUAA